UGAGCUCCGGCUAGACCUGUCUCAAGGCAGCGUGAGUCGGCAAGAUGCGCUCCGCCGUUUUCUUCAUCCUCGCCUUAGCGGGAACUUCGUUGGGAGUGCCUGCAAGUCAGAGAAAUACGUGCGCAGAUCACUGUGAUGCAAGCAACAUCUUUGCAUACGAAUCUGGCAAGAGCUAUGUUUACGAAUACUCCGUGACGACUUCUACCGCCCUCCUCGAGACCUUUGACGAUGACGCCCACAUGCAUAUCACCGCCCACGCCCACAUUGAUGUCUCUGCUCCGUGCGAGUACAUCCUAAGGCUGACGGACGUCAACCUCGAUGGCUCGUCUCAUGGACCAGAGUUCGCUGCUGCUGUUACCAAGUCGCCCUUGCGCUUCUCUUUCCAAGAUGGCCGCAUAGAAGAUGUCUGCAGCGAAGUGUCUGAGCCCGUCUGGGUCCUGAACUUCAAGCGAGGUCUCCUUUCUACCUUCCAGAAUUCCAUGACUCAUUAUGGAAGACAGGACAUCAAAGAGACGGACAUCUCUGGUGUUUGCUCGACUCACUUCAACUCCACAGUAGAGGGCAACACUGUCGUCAUAAAUAAGGUCACAGACUUGGCUUCUUGUACUCAGCGACCUGACCAUACUGCCUUCAUCCCUUCUACCGGAUACAUCACCGACUCUCCAGUCCAGAGCCUCCCGAUCUUUAGUAGCACAAACGAGUGUCACCAAAGGGUUGAGGACGGCAUUUUAAAGAUGGUAGAAUGUGAGGAAAUCCAUAUGUUCCGUCCCUUCUCCAGUGAUAAGGCCGGAGCUAUCACAACUGGCAAGACCAACAUGAUUCUUAUGUCUCAAGAACAGGCAUCGCCUGUUGCAAACUUUGAAUUCAACCGCAAUACUCUGGUAUUUGAGCAUACGCACACAACAGAAGCUCAGCUUGAAGCAGUCGAGGAGAUUUUGAACACCUUGAAGGUUGCCUCUGAAAAUGAUAUCCAGCCUGAGGUUCCUUCACUGUUUGCCAAACUUGUUACAUCACUUAAGGAACUGAAUUAUCCUCAGCUGAACACAGUUUUCAAUAACGCCAAAGAAACUCAUACACGCAAGUUCCUUGCUGACGCGAUGCCGCUGGUGGGAACAGCUGCCUCAUUUGGUGUGGUUAGAGACAUGUACAUCAAUGGCGCCAUGACAGAAUUCGAGGCUGAUACGUUCUUUACUUCCCUGGCUUUCUUCAAGAACCCAACAUCAGAAAUGUUUGCUGCCCUUGCUCCUAUGCUUGAGAACAACCCAAGCCAAAAAGCACUGCUGGGGACCUCUGCCCUCAUCAACACUUUCUGCAAAUACCAUGAAGAUUGUGAUGCAGAUUCCAGUGUACAGCAAAUCCUUCGUCUAAUCGAGACACAACUUGGAUCUGGUUGUCGUACAGUAAAUGAAGAAGAAAAAUUCAAAGUACUUGUAGCUCUCAAAGCACUUGGAAAUGCUGGUCGAUGGGUUAAUGCCAACUCAAUUCUAAGACGAUGCUACACUGAAGAUAAUGACAUGGAAGUGCGCGUGGCUGCCAUUGAGGCAUGGAGACACGCCCCAUGUCAUUAUGACCACUCUCAUCUUUUGGCUGCUUUCCAAGAUGAGGCUCAAGACACAGAAGUUCGCAUUGCUGCUUAUCUUGCUCUCAUGACCUGUCCUAAUCAAGACCUUAUCAACACCAUUAAGGACCGUCUCAUCUCAGAAGGUGUCAAUCAGGUGGGAUCCUUCAUCUGGACUCACAUGACCAACAUGCAGGAAUCAGCAGCUCCAGAAAAACAGUGGAUACGCCAACUGAUUGGUGAGGAACUUCUUCUGAAGAAGUUUAGUACAGAAGCCCUCAAGUUUUCUCGCAAUUAUGAAUCCUCUUUCUUCAUGAACGAAAUCAACACUGGUGCAACAGUUGAGAGCAAUGUCAUCUUCUCCAGCAAGUCUUAUCUGCCACGAUCUGCAAUGCUUAAUCUCACCCUCGACCUCUUUGGACAAUCUAUCAAUUUCUUUGAAGUUGGUGGAAGAAUUGAAGGUUUUGAAGCUUACAUUGAACGCUUCUUUGGUCCUAGAGGAUAUUAUCCAGAAGAAACUAUUGAAAACAUCUUGAGGAACAUGAGACAAAACAGUGAUGCUGAUGCCACAACCUUAGAAGGCUUUCUUGACAAGAUAACCGAUGAACCAGAGGGAUCCUACUACCUCCGUGUCUUUGGCAAUGAGCUUCAUUACCAUCACUUCCAAGGACUUGAAAAUCUCAUCCAAACAUCCGGUGCUUCCAACCCACUAGAAUUCCUAAUGGAUUUGGCCCGCAAGGGAGAUGUUGAUUACACAAAAUCUUACCAGCUGAUGGACAUUCAUCAUACUGUACCUACCAUAACUGGCUUACCUGUGCGCCUCAAUGCAAAGGGAACAGCUACACUUGGUCUGAAGAUGAAUGGUAACUUCAAGGCUAAAAGUCUGAAGAAUGUAAACAUUGAGGGAUAUUUCCAUCCUUCUGCUGCAGUGCAAAUUGAUGGUCUCAUUCUUGUCGAUGCACACGUGACUCACACUGGAUUGAAGAUUUCUUCCAACCUUCACACCUCUACAUUCAUUGAUGGCAAACUCCAAAUUGUUGGUGGUAAACUUGUAGAUGUAGCCAUUAAUACUCCCAAGGACAAGGUGGAGGUCAUCAGUGUCAAGACUGAGUUCUUCUAUUUGGAAGAUGAUCAAGAGACCCGAAAGGAAGUUGAGAAUCCAUUUGAGGCAAAAGGCUGUAGCAGCGGUAUCAUUGGUGUAGCUGUUUGUGGCGAGCUUGGCUUUACUCGACGAUAUCCUUAUAGCCCAGCUUUUCCUUUCUCAGGACCAUUUGCAACAAGCAUUUACCUUGAGAAGACUGAUACACAAACUGGAUAUGUUUUCCAUUUUUCGAAGGCACAGAACCAAAUCACUUUCGAAUUUGACACACCGGAGUCUCAGUCAGACCAUAAGAUAAGUCUUGACAUUACAAAAUCUGGAAAUAAAGCCACUUUCAAUAUUCACACACCUUUCAAAUCAGCUCAAGGUGAAGGCGAAUUCAUUUGGCAAAGAAACAACAAGAACAUAAAAGCUUCUAUCAAUAUUGACGGGAGCGGAGAGUAUACUUUAGAUGCUGGGUUCAAUACAGCCAGGAAUGGAGUAAAGAAGUUUGAGCCUCAUGUAAUUCUGGCAUCUCCUGGCGGUGAGCUCCUAAACUUACAGAGUAGCUUUAAGGGUAAGUUUGACUACAGCGAAAGCUUUAUAUCAUCAAAGAUCGACGUUGAAUACGAUCUCUGGCAAGGCAGUAAGGAAACCAUCCAUCAUGCAGGACUGUUAAAGAGAGAAGGAGAUACAUAUGAAGAUGAGGAUAUUGCAUACACACUUCAGUUUAAAUUGGAUUCUUCAGAAUUUCCAGUUGCAUCUGUAGAUAUUGAUGCAGAGAUGAAAAGUACCCCUAAGACCGUCCAAACGACAGCAAAGUUAGUUUAUCCAUAUUUCGAUAUUGACUCCGUGGCGACUCAGGAGAUUGAGUUUGAUAAUAAUCACUUGAAAACUAGACAUGCAUUACGCACUCAGCCUGAUAAAGAAUACUCGAUAAUCUUCCAACUUGAAAAACUGGGACGCAUGGAUGGUAAAGGCACAUUUAAAGCAGACCUGAACGACUUCAUGUCAUCUCUUGACGUUACAUUCCAUGGAAAUGAUGAUGCUCAUUAUGAAUUUCAGGUGAAUGGUGCAAUCAAUGGAAAAAAUUAUGGCCUUGAAGCAACUUUGGAAAACAACUCCGUACCUGGGAAGAUAAACGGACUGUUAGAUGGCAAAGUGACGACUCCUCAGCAUAAUGCUGUCAUACAUCUAGGUGUUUAUGCAGACAAGGACAAAGCCCAUGGAGAUUUCAAAAGUACGGUCGAUGGAAAAGAAUAUUCGGUUAUGGUCGAAACCACUCGCACAUCCGUCGUUGUUGAUGCCAACAUCAUAAGGCACAUUCUCAUCAAUGCCCAAAUUGCGUCAACUGAUGAUAUGCAGAAACUCCUUGUUAGUGCUGAGUGGGACAAAGACGUCGAUCCCACAAAGUCCUUCAUAAUCGAUGGACUAUUUUCGACCGAAGAAGUCCAUGGCAUUAUUAAAUAUGGACAAAAAGAAGUAUCUACCAUCGCUAAACUGAUUAACAAUGGUGUGGAGUUGGAAACAAAAUGGGCCGCUGACAAGAGAAUCUUUGUCAAUGUUGUUUACACACUUGGCAACACAAAGUCACUAGCAGCUACAAUGCAGACACCAUUCGAAGGUUGGGAAAAACAGGAUGUCUCUUUUACCUUCUCCCUCAAAGACUAUGAAAUUGAGAGCCACUUUGCUGCUACAUGGAAGAACACAGAGCAACUGGCAUUUUCUGCCACUGGUAAGGUAGAACCUGGGCUCUCUACCAAUGCCUUUACAACCAAGAUCGCAUUCACAAGUGCCUUUGAUAACUUUGAACGUCUCACAUUCUCGCUAGACCAUAAAAUGGUUGAUUUUGCCAUCACCACUCACGUAGAGGGAGCCUGGAACCAACAGAAAAUGGAAGGCAACUUCCACCUUACUCCUAAUGCUAAUGGUGUGGAAUCUCAAGCGACUUUCACUUCUCCUCUCACGGAAAAUAUCCUUGUAACAUUACAUCAUGAGUUGCUCAACAAGAAGUUGUCUACCACACUGGAGAUGAAAUAUGGACAAGAGGUCUCUACUGCCACUGUCACAGGUCACGUGGAUCUUGGAGAAGUCCAUGACAUUACUCUUGAUUUUAAGGCCACCCCUGUGGCUACUAUCCCUGAGAUCAAUGCUAGUCUUAAAUACUCUCUGAGUGGAGAAAGUCUCAAUUUCAUUACUGAAGGAAAAAUGGGGGAGAAGAAAAUUAUGCUUAAUGUAAAUGGUCAGAUGACUGUUAGCGGUGACAAUACGGACAUUUCUGGUGACCUGCGCUUUAUCACUCCCUUCUUGUACCCUGUGACAGCAACUCUCAAGCACACCCAUGACAAGCAGCAUUUUACAUCACAGUUUGAGAUGACAAGGUUCUGGUCUACAUAUGGUGAUGUCAAGAUACAUGCUCAAGGUCACAUAAUCUCUAAGAACGACAUAGAGCUCAAAUUUGGCCUUCAAAGCCCUGUCAUUCAGGCCUCUGCUUUGUUGAAUCACAAGAUAAGUCAAGAUAAUAUACUCACUUCGACUGCCACUGUGACUGUAAAUGGAGAAAAGAUCUCUGUUUCUGCCAAUGGUCAUGUAGAUAUGGCACAACAAGUUGCUGAUCUCCAGGCUGAAAUCACAUCUACAGUGAGUGGAAUAGAUGAUGUUAAGGUGAACCUGGAAACUCUACGAAAUGCAAAUACUCAGAUAACGAAGGUUGGCAUCAUCAAGGACACAAAAGCACUUACCAUCAAUCACCAAAUAACAUUUAAUGACUGGUUUAACUGGGAGAACUCAUUCACUGUGAACGAAAUAUACAAACUGAUUAACAAGCAGACACACACUGGCUCUGUAUUCACCCAUGACUUGGAAUAUGUUUGGGAUAGCCAGUCUGUCCAUUUCUCUGGAAGUUUUGAUCAGAAAAUCUCUGGAAAUUCACGCCAGAUUGUUGCUCAUGCCACUCUCUCUACUCCAUGGACCGAAGACAUGAAACUGGAUAUCAAUCACCAAGAUGAUGGUACUGAAUACAAGCCAACUUUGAUCUUCGAGUACAGACCUGGUAUGAAAAUUGAACUUGCUAAUGUUUUGAAAUCUGAGCCUUCACUCUUCUUCAUAGAAUCAUCCCUUUUAACACCAUUCUGGCAGCCCCUUGGUUUUAAGCUCAAGCUCAACUUCCAGACAAACACAGCCGCUAAUCUUAUCCUAACUAGAGGUUCCAACAGGACAAGCAUUGAUGUUACUGGAAUCUGGAAUCCAGGAAUGUUGCAGAGCUCUAUACUUGUUGAGUCCACUUAUGUUCCAAACCCUCUUUCUGUAAAACUGUCAUACCAGUUAGAAGAACCAGCAUUUGAACUUGUCAUCAAUUAUGUAAAAACGUUCGGAAUCUCCGGAACUUUCUCUGGCCAUGCCAAAAAGGCAAAUUGGAAUGUAGAAUCUACACUACCAUUUGAACAGGUCAAGAAUAUUGGCCUCAGUGGUAGUUAUGAUGUUGAGACCAUGCCCUUCAGUGCCAAAGCAGUCAUCACAUUCAACUCUAAGAAUUAUCAAAUUGAUGGUAAGAUUAACACAAAUGAAUUCCUGGUCAAUACAGAUUUGGACGGUAAAGUUUGGAAUCUCAGCAGCAACUGGCAUUAUGAAGAAAAUCAUGCUGAUUUCGAAGUAAAAUUCCAAUCUCCCGUCACAGAACUAGAUAAUUUGGCUCUGUCCGGAAUGUAUGAUUUCCGUAAUGAAAAGAAAGUCACUCUAAAACUAACCCGAGCCUCACAGGAAAUCAAUCUCUCUGGAAGACUUGAGGAACAGACUCUUGUGUUUGAAGGUACAACUCCUUUCAGCGGAUGGGAAAAACUUGAUGCUUCCUUCUUCAUCUCGCGUUCAGCCAUUAAAGCUUUUGCCUCUAGGAAUGACCGUAAGAUUGAGGUUACAGGGACAUGUCAUAUUGGGAGGAACAAGGCUAAAAUUAACCUAGUCAUCAACACACCAUAUGCUGGAUAUGAGAAUAUUGAUGUAGAUGCAAAUUAUAAUUUCCAAAGGCAAGAAAAGACAGUCGAGUUCAAGGCAACAUUCGCCUCACAAGAAUUAUCACUCAAAGGUUAUAUCAGGACUAACAAUAUUCUUGCUCCCGAGAUGACUCUCAACAUCAUCACUCCAUUUGAAGAGAUGAGGACUCUAGGUGGAGAAGCUCACUGGGACCUAGAAAACGCUGUUAAGACUGCUGAAGUAAAGGCUUUCCGUAAUGAUCGGCACUAUCACUGGGAGAUAGAGGCAGCCACUGAUAGUCCCCUAAAGGGUUAUGCCAAGUCCAAGAUCACAACUCCCAUUGCUGGAUGGACUACAGUCAACGUGGAAGGAAACUUUGACUUUACAUCCAUGCCCUAUAAGUUUAUAUUUACCUUCGAUAAAGAAGGAGUUGUUCAGACAUUUGAAGGACAUGCCACUAUUGAAAGCCAUAACAUCCUUGCAGAAGUAUCUACUCCUAUCACUAACUGGGAAAAGAUUACUCUCAAAGGUGAUUUUAACCUUGGGAAUGAAAACUUUAAAGGUACUUUUGAGCUGACAAAAGGUUCUGAAACAUACAGUAUGGAAAGUGACAUCAUUUUCAGUCCCCAAAUGCCGAAGUUCCAUUUGCACCUCAAGACACCAAUUGCUCAUGCUGCAGAUUUGGAGUUUAGCAUAGUUGCCGACCUGAAAGAUACUGAGAAGAAGUUCCAAACAUUCUUCAAGGUAAAUGACAUCACCUACUCACUUGAUUUUACUGGUGAACACAUAUACAAAACAGGUUACUUCAAAAUCAUCACUACUUCUCCAGUACCAGGUUAUUCAUCAGUCGAUGUCUAUGCUAAAUAUGAUUUCACCAGUGACAUCAAAACAGUUGAGGCAGAUCUGAAGAUUGAAAGAAAUAAUAUGCAUUUUUCAUUGGCUAUGCAGGUCAAUGAGAAUCAUUUCAUUCUUUCUAUUACAACACCAUUCAGUGGCAUUGAAUCAAUGAGAAUAGAGGGAGAUCUUGCUUAUGCUGAUAAUAAAUACAGAGGUUUUGCUAUCUUUGAAAAUAAUGCUCAGAAAUAUGAAUUUGACUCAGAGGUUGAUCUAAAAACGAAUAGUGCCAAAGCAAAACUUUCGACUCCCAUUGAAUCAUUUAAGAAUAUUGAACUUAAUUGUCAAUACAAAAUCCUAGAUCAUGGAGUCGAGAGUUCAGUCGUUUUCCAAAGGAAUAACCAGAAUUUUGCUUUCAACACUCGAGUGUACCUGACUCCAAAGAAAACUGACAUACAUGUUGCACUUGACACUCCUGUUGAAAAUUGGAACAAAAUGGCAAUUGAUAUCAAAUACGACAUCAUAUCUACAAAGAAAUCUGCUGAAAUAGCAGUUCAGAAAGACUCAUUCCACAAGGAGAUAUAUGUUGAAGGAAGUUAUGACCUCAAGAGUGGCUCCUUCAAGGUUAAGACUCCUAUUGAAGGUUUUGAGACCCUAGGUGGUGAAUAUACUUUGGACUAUGAUGUCAAUAACCACAAGCUAGAAAUAACUCUUCUGAUCAGCCAGAACUCCAACAAGUGGAACUUCUCAGCCUACGGUCAUUAUGAUGAUGACCAAGUGGUUAUCAAAUUCCAGACGCCAUUUGAGAAUUUUGAGACCAUAGCCAUUGAAGGAAACUUUGACUUUGAUCAGAAGACUGGAAAAGCUGCCAUUCAGUUUGGUUCUUACAAGUUUACAACUGCCUUCACUUUUUCAAAUGAUGACAUUUCAUUUGAACUUACAACACCUUUCACCAUCAUUAAGAUCAUAUCUGUAUCAGUCAAAUAUAACUGGACUGCAAGUUUGAAGGAUGUUCAUGUCAACAUCACCUAUAAUGAAAACAGCUACCUUCUAAAUGGUUCCCUUCAGCUCUCCAGCUGGGCUUCUGGCAUCACAUUCGAAGUCACAACUCCAUUCGUUCACUUCCAGAAUAUAUCUCUGAAAAUUAAGUAUGACAUGAAUAACAAAGAAGAGCUAGUACUGGCAAAUGUCACAACAGAAGACCAUGAAUACAGACUGGCGAUUGGUGGUUAUAUUGAAGAAAAGGUUGCAUUCUUAAAGUAUGAAUUGAAAUCUCCCUUCACAAACUGGACUGAUGAUAGGUUUGUCGCAAAACUAGAUUUGACCAAUGAAGACAAGACACUUGAGAUUAUUUUGGUAAGAAAUGGUGACGUCAAAGCAAUAUCAAUAUCUGGAAAGGUAAUUGGUAAUACAGUGGACUUUAAUCUGAAGACACCGAUAAGAGGAUUAGAAAACCUCAAACUAUUUGGAUCACUGAACAGAUCCAAAAGAUCUCUCGAAUUUAUGUAUCAGCAAGAUGAAGCACAAGCCUCACUUCUAACAAGUUUCAAUUCCAUGAAGCUGCAUCUGAAGACGCCAUUUGAGGCUGCCGAGGAGAUUUCAUGGGAGAUUUCGAAGAUCAACGACAACACAUUCAAGGCUGAGUGGAAGAGAAAUGCGAAUCAUGUUUCAGUGAUAGUCAAGCAAGAUGGAAAUGGCUAUAAAGUGGAAUUAGAUGGCGAAAUGCAGGCUUGGGUAUUAGUGGCUGCUUUUGAUCCCAGUGUAUCCAGUGAAGAUAAGAUCAAAUUCUCUGGAUCAGCAACUUUUGAUGUUAAAGGUGCUUUGUCUCUGCAGAUUGAAACUCCUUUUGAAAACUACAAGACAGUAAAUGUAAACCUUGAUUACAAAGGAGAUAGCAAAACUGGAAAGCUAGAAAUGUCUUCAUCUUCCUCGAACUUCCAUUAUAUAUUUGAGGUAAAGGAAUAUAAUCUAGAAGGUCAUCUUCUAGUCCCUCAUACUGAGCAGGAUACUGACAUAAUAUUCAAUUUCGGUUUUGAUGAAGGGAAAGUCACCAUAAAGUCUGAAUAUAAGCCUCUG